CCUAUAAAACUGCGAUGACAUGGCAUUUACAAUUUAUUACAAAUAAAAAAUGACAUCAUCCUCACAGGGCGGCGCAGCGGCGUCGCUAAAGGCGGUGCUUGAUCGCGUCCACCAUGCCGCGGAGAGAUCGAGCCGAGACGUGAAAGAAAUCCGGGUGGUGGCGGCGAGUAAGACGAAGUCAGUUUCCAUGCUCCGGCAGGUGUAUGACGCCGGACAUCGUUGCUUCGGUGAGAAUUACGUUCAGGAAAUAAUUGAGAAAGCUCCUCAGCUUCCUGAAGAUAUUGAGUGGCAUUUUAUUGGGAAUUUGCAGAGUAAUAAAGUUAAGCCUCUUCUUGCUGGUGUUCCGAACCUUGCUUAUGUAGAGAGUGUAGAUGAUGAGAAGAUAGCAAACCUUCUUGAUCGCGCCAUAGCCAAAAUUGGCAGGAAACCAUUGAAAGUUUUUGUUGAAGUGAAUACAAGCGGAGAAACAUCUAAAUUUGGUGUUGAACCAGCACAGUGUCUAGAUCUUGUAAAACAUAUUUUUACAAAUUGCCCAAACCUUGAAUUUUGUGGUCUAAUGACAAUUGGCAUGCUCGAUUAUUCAUCUACCCCGGAAAAUUUUAAGACAUUAUCCAAAUGCAGAAGUGAAAUUUGUGCGGCACUUGGAAUAUCAGAAACACAAUGUGAGCUGUCAAUGGGCAUGACUGCAGACUUUGAGCAAGCUAUUGAGAUGGGAAGUACAACUGUUAGGAUUGGAACCGCAAUAUUUGGGGCCAGAGAGUAUCCACAGAAAGAAGAGAAGUAGCUGCUUUCAUUUUGCAGUCUUAUUUAGGUGAUAUUGUGGUGCUUAUAGAUUCAUAUGUCAAAGUCGUAGAGCACCAUAAACAAAUUAUUUUAGCUGGAAAUAAAUAUGCUCUUGAGCAUGAUGUGUUUUCAGAAUAAUCGUCAAGGCUGAACAUUAUUUUGUAUUGUUGCUUGUAAAAUGUAAAAAACAACCUUUUUUACUGAACCAGAACGAAUAUAGUCUAUUUUUGACAAAAGAAUUAUGAUAAUCUUGAAAAGCCACAUUGUAUAA